AUGGGAGCACUGCCGAGCAGGGAAACACAACACCGCGGUUUGUAUAGCCAUCGUCAUGGGCGCAAUAGGCGGAGUGAAGUUAUUUUAGUUCCUCUUACCAGUGAGUUCUUUCCGAGUGAGAGCUGCCCUCUUUUUACGCAUUUAUUCCAGGCGAAGCACCACCGCACCGCCAAAUAUUACUAUCGAGCAACACGCCCCGCCGACACGGAUUGGGAAUCCGAUUAUUAUUGUCAAACGACCGCCCACGUCCGUAAUAUCAACAUAACUGAUUCAGAUGAUUCCGCAAAGGUCGGACACUUUGAGACAUUCUUCACGGAUGAUAUCUCAGGACUAUAUCACAGACUCGUGCGCGAGACCGAGUACUGCAUGUGUGAAACGGAUGAGGAGCUUCGGACACGAUACGAAGAGCAGAUCCGCCAGCAACAGCACCAUCAGCGAAAGCAGCGACUGCAAAGACCGGAGAAAUCAAGCGAUUAUGGGACUGCUGGUGGCCGCUCGUACGAGGAAUAUUUUGGAUUUGCUUCCGGCGCUUACACCAGUGGCUACACUGAUGCUUUGGCCUUCAUGAAGGGAAGGGAGCAGCACACGCACCGCAAUGCGUGUGGUACGCAUGUAACUUCAUCGAGUGCCUAUUACCUUCGUCCUAUUCCAUGUGCAAUUGUGUCGCGGUCCGAGGCACACAAAUCUGCAUCUGAGACUGGGGUUGAGUUCCUUGGUUCAACGGUUAAGGUGCUCGGUAUGUUUGGGCUUCUUCCCUCCAUAAUCCCAGUGACUGUGCAUGGCGAAGUGAUGGAGCAGCAUAUGCUGAAGGCCACAAUGUUCGUUGACAAGGAUGUCGGCGACCAGAUAUUGGGUAACGUAGUGAUGCUUGCUGUCCACAUGUACGUCCGACAAUGUAUUGAGGCCCGUAUCCGAGCUCCAUACAUUCCAAUGGUUCCCAUGAUUCUUCGGACACCCAUAUCAAACAUCCCGAUGCUACAGUUUGUGCGGGAGAUGCGAGUGCGUCUUCGUGGCUUGUUGGAAGCCGGUGCACCGCGCCGGGGCGGAGGAGCGGGAAGGCGUGUGGGUUCAUUCCACGGCACUGAGGGAACUCGCGAGGCGGUGGAGGCAUCUUCCCGUUGUGAGGCAGAUAUACUGUACCUUUUUGAAGAGGAUGUACCCAAUGCCAUUUCUGCCCACCAACUUUUCCUUGAUCCGGCGGAGGCACAGUCACUAAGGCUCCACCCGGCACAGAACACCAAUUCUGAUGGUACCAUUCCGAUUCUCCUCAUGUCGGGCGUGAAUGUGCAGGCGGCACCACUAACACAUCCCUCCGUUACGAGUAUGUCACAUGUGCGCGUCCCGCCGUGGGCGCUUGAAGGCGCCUCCGACUCUGCAGGCGGUGGACCAUCCGAAGCGUCCCCGCAGCGUGAAGCCUUCCAGGCCACGUCGCUUUUGGCAACACGACGGAACCGCUUCCGCAUUUGGGUGGAAGGUGGUCGGCUGUGCAUUUGGGCGAGUGCCGCGUACGCUCGGCGGGGGUGUCUUAUGCUCGCUCAGAAGCUUACACAGACGGUUGACAAUAAUCUUUUGCCAGUACCACGCCCGUGGAAUUACCGUGGUCUUUUGCGCGGUGGUAUGCCAAUGCCGGAGCCAGAGCUCGCCAAUGAUGUGUUCAUUGUGGCUGAGGACAUGCCGAGUAUGGGGCUUUAUCAGGGUGACGUUCUCCGUUGCAGCACUCCCGUGGAGAUCGCUGAUCAGCAACAACGGCUGUCACUGCACGGAACAUCCGCAACAUCUUCGUCCACGUUACUCGAGGCGAUAUGUGUGCACAGCAAGAAAAGUGUGACCAGCGCCUCCACACCUAUGGAACCGACGACACCCGGUGGGCAGCAAAAAAGUCAGGAGAGUUUUGCAAGCAGUCACCCCACUAAUUUACUUCUACAGGAUCCGGGCGAGGCCCCACCGAAUGCCUUCUGGGUGUGCAUUCCUUUCGACCGCGACUGUGUGAGUGCGGGACCUAAUGAAAGACGGCAACAACAACAUCAACUGGACACUGUGUCCCAUCGGGCAACCAAUGUGGAAGAGGUUCUUCUCUCGUGGAUCAAAAUAAUUUCACUCAAGACCCGCGAAGCCAGUGAGGAGGAUGUGUAUUGGGUGCGUGACCCCACAACCGGAGCGCCACUCCGGGUGGAUCGCUACGUUAUACGCCGUGUGGAGCAUGAUGGCAUGCGUUAUUUCAUUGGUGUCACCCCGCGCUUUGUUGGGCAACAGCGCCGAUUGGAGAGAAUGUUGGAAGACAUCAAAGCUCAAGAUGCGGGAAGUCCGGAUUUGGACGUGGAGCGGGAGGGGUUUCACAUGUCGCCCACACACGCUGGCACAGCUUUGGAGGGUAAUGAUGACGACAGUGAAGACGAUGAUGCAGAUGAUGGAUGCGCUGCCAUGGCGCAGAUGCUCAGCGGGCAGUCAAAUAUAUUUUACAGGGAAUAG